AUGUCUACAACAGCAGUGGUACCAACGGCGGAACUCCAUAAGACGGUGGAAGAGCCGAAACCUCUUGUCGAACCCACUCUGCUGGACCUGCUGAUGGGUCUGCCCGAGGAAGUGUUGAAUGUGAUAUACUCAUUUCUCGAUAUCGUAAGCUUAGAGCGAUUCUCCCGAAGCAGCAAGACAUUCAACGACAUGACCGCCGCAUUCAUGUUCCAGAAGAUCCAUGUCAUGGACUUCACCAUGAUCUACAGGAUCCGGGUGCCAGACUGGAAAUGCAAACUCCUCUUGCAGGAGAUGAGCGAGUGCUCCCGAUUGCGAUACACAACAGAAGUCCUCUACCUGCCACAAGAAAUCGCAGCAUCGCCGAGAUACUUCUCACUCUUCAGGAAAUGUGUUCCAAACCUCACAUACCUCUGCACCAGCGGGAUGCGGCUCCGCCUCACCCAGUCGACAGUGUUAGUUCUCCAGCUACCAGGGCUCGGCGUAGACGAAAAGCCUAUGGACGCGAUAAACCAGCUCGCAAUACUCCUCACGCACAUGCCAAAGGUGCGUACCGUCGAACUGCCACACCCGAUGAGCGCCAACCUCUAUCCGGAACCUUUAACGACCGAAGGCGAUUUCGAGACUGAGGCGGCCGCGCAGAGAACGCACUUUCAGGGGCGCGCAGCCCGCAUCCUGUCCACCAAGUAUCGACACAUCCAACACGUCGGCGUCCAGCAGGUCAUAUACCCAGAGGACUUACACGAUGUCAAACCCGUGGUAAGUUAUCGGUUAACACCACCACCUCCAAAAAUACCAACGCCUCCUCGGCCUGACCCUGCCCCUGUGUUGGACCACCAGAUCGUCGAUGACCGGGACGAAAUGAUGCGCCAAUUCCGUCUCCAGCAGGUGUCAGCAUGGGACCAUCCCCCCAACCAACGCAGGCGGCAAUUUAUCCGUAGAGAGCAUGUUGACUAA